GAUUCGGUGAAGUUGGACUUGAUGCUGCAGACAAUUGCUGGUCCAGUCCACCUCACUGAAGUGACCUGCCUCAUGUUUGAAGGUGACGAGGAAGAUUUCAUUUUGGGCAACGGCAUGACUGUCUAUCUCGGCAUUGAUGUGAGCGCACAGCUAUCUCACUUGGCUGGAGGU